AUGGCAUUUCCUCUGCCGCGGGGCAUCACGCCCUCGGAGAUUGGCUUUCUCGCGGAGAUGGAGAUGGUGACGGUGGUGCCUCGCCAACGUCUGGAGGGCCUAGAACUACUCGGGGGUCCGAUUGAACCUCUUGUCCCUCCACGACGCGCCUCCCUCCCCCUCUGGCUCGCACUGCUCCUCAAACGUCAACGCCGCGCGAAUAUUAUGCCUCCAUCAUGGCUACACCCCGAACCUCUCAACCUGAUCCUCGAGGUCGAAUCCCAACACCCAGAUUAUAGGGAUGCCUUCUCCCCUCCUCCCCCGCUGCCCGGCCAACCCAGCAUUCGGGAUGACGGACUUGCGCCUACUGCCCGACCUCAAUAUACACCGGACGGUAAUAGAUAUUAUGCCUCGCCGCCAUUCUUACCACAAAAUACUGCUCAGACGGAGGGGUUUUCGUCCCGUGAUCCGCCCGCAUUGCCCUUCCAUUGGGUCGAGAUGGGGAACAUGUUGCUCGAGUCCGCUAGUGAUGACCUCGUGGAACCGGAUCAAAUCCGGCGAUUAUUGAAAGACUUGCCGGCAACAGGUGGUGGGGGUGUUGCCUUGACAGGUGUUGGUGCAAUGGAAGUUGGCGAAGAGCGAGGGUUCUUGACUGGGGUAGUGGAUAAUCUCCGGAAAAUUGGCGCGUCUAAAGAGCAAGCACGACGCGAGCAAAUGGCUGAGCAACGGGCUAAUGGUGCAUACGACGGUGCCCAGGACGAGGAAGAAGAGGACUACAUGGAGUUUUAA